AUGGCCUCACGUCCCUCGAUCCCAACCGGCGGCCGCCGGCCUGCCGCCCGCGAGGCCGGCCCCUUCCCACGCCGUGCAGCCUCCCCAGGCCCCGUUCACGACCGGCCGCCGCCCACCGCCGGCCACCGCGCCGCCUCCUCUAGGUUAGGAGCUGAACGAGAGCCCAAGUUCCCAAGGGCCGCCGCGCCGCCGCCGGCCUUCUCCAGCCCCACCGCUGCUUGGCCGCCGCCUCCGGCUCCUCUUCCGCCACGUUGGGGGCCAACCGCCGCCGCCGCGAACCUUCGGCUCGCCCGGGCUGGAGCCGGGCGUACCCAGACCCGCCGGCGUCCACUGGAGUCGCCGCUGGCCGCCGCGCGCCCCUGCCGCCCCCUGCUCGCGCGGCCCAACGGCCUCCAGCGGCCCCAGCUGUCCUCCCGCCGCAACGGUUUCUCUCCGCAGCCGCCGAGCCCCUAUGGCUCUAGUGGGUCCGAGCCGGACCCACUGACGCCCACCGGCGUCCAUCGACCCCGCCGCGGCCGCCGCGCACGUCCGCCACUGCCGGCCGUCCCUGCCGCGGCCCCUCAAGGCCCUCCCACUGCGAAGGGUAGGGCUCGCCGUCGUCCCGCUCCUCCUCCUCCAGGGUGCCGGAGCCGGUCUAGACGAGUCUAG